AUGAUUUUCUUUUUGAAGAAAAAAUUGCUUACAGUAAGUUCAGAGACAUGCAGAGAAGCCCUUUGUUCCGAUCUGAAUGAAGAGCAUGACAUGCUAAUGGUUGUUUUUUUUUUGUUUUUAAGUGAGCAUUUUUCAUUUUCCUUUCAACAGUUCCUUUAUGAUCACCUUCCUUUCUUGUUUCACUCUCCUCAAAAAACAAAACAAAAAAAAAUGGGGGGAAAACUUAUGAAUACCCAGGAAAACCUUUAUUCUUAUACCUCAACUACCUUUUCAGACCUGUCUCAGUUUAUAAAAAGCUAA